AUGGCCACUCCCAAGCGAAGUCCUAGCUUCAAGUCUUCCGUCAAUACUAUACGUUCCGCAUCUUUCCUACGCCAUCUCCUUGACGAAAUAAGGUCAGAUGCUAGUCAAGGAAAUGCCGUCACACCUGAGAAAGUCGACACAAGUCUCGGACCCUCCCAUGAUGGGACCGAUACAACACCACGCCAACGACCGUCGCUCCAGCGCCUGCAGAUCCCAUCAUCGAGAUUCAUCACUCGUCCAGUUGCUAAUGAAGAGGGUAUUCCACCAUUAGAAUCACCAUUGAUGUUCUGCGAUUCCGACAUCUCCUCCACACACUCUCCCGACGAGCCCCCAACCUCAGGAUUGACUGCACCCUCAAGUGACACAACGCCUCCAACCUCAGCUUCGACCUCGUCUCAUCCGGAUACCAUACGUGCGCGUCCCUCAACCCCAGCAUGGGACAUGGCUUUGGCGCAAAGCGCGACUGAACCUCGACCGCUAUCGAAACGAAUGCGCAUCAUGACCAUGCCCGAGACGUGUUGUCAAAAUAUCACUCAAGACGAAAAACAAGACCCCUUGGCAAACCAAAGCUUCUCGGGUAACAGCAGGCGUGUGAUACGAAAUGUCGCUUUCAUUGAGAGAGCACCCGGCCGACCACAAGAGCCCAACUCUUCCUCACAGCAGCUCCCCGAACUAUCCUCUUUCCGGCCUGAUAUCGCCUCGCCAGAAGGACCUGCUCCUAACCCCCCUGCCCGGCCCACGACUCCAGUCAGAUACACAACGCGCCGCUUCUCCGCCACUCCUGAACCACCCGAGACGCCAAGCUUCCUCCGGCCACUGCACCUUUUCGACACAAGCAACGAGUGGACGCACGACAUCUCCAUCUACAAGAACAUCCACGGCGAGGAAUGGAAAAGAAACUCACUUUGCAGACAUUGCUUCCAGCUCCGCGGGGCGUUCAACAGGAUCAUGACGUACGGUUACGAGGCGUGCGGGCGAGAUGAGCGUUUGGAUAGCCAUUAUUGGGAGCCGAUGGCUUAG